AUGCCGUUAAGCUGUAGAUUUUAUAAUGAAAAAUAUCCGGAGGUCGACGAUGUCGUUAUGGUUAAUGUUAGAAGUAUUGCUGAAAUGGGAGCAUAUGUUCACCUUUUAGAAUACAACAAUAUCGAAGGCAUGAUUUUACUAUCGGAACUUUCUAGAAGGCGUAUACGUUCUAUUAACAAAUUAAUUAGAGUCGGUAAAACCGAACCUGUUGUAGUUAUUAGAGUGGACAAAGACAAAGGAUACAUUGAUUUAAGUAAAAGAAGAGUCUCUCCUGAAGAUGUUGAAAAAUGUACAGAAAGAUUUGCCAAAGCCAAAGCUGUUAAUUCAAUAUUGAGACAUGUUGCUGAUCUUCUAGAUUAUGAAAAUGAUGAUCAGUUAGAAGAACUUUAUCAAAAAACAGCUUGGCGUUUUGAAGAAAAAUUAAAAAUGAAAGCAUCAAGUUAUGAUUUUUUUAAACAAGCAGUCGUGGAUCCAUCGAUAUUAUCAGAAUGCGAUCUUGAUAAUAAAACAAGAGAAGUACUUUUUGCAAAUCUACAAAGAAAAUUAACAUCUCAAGCUGUUAAAAUAAGAGCCGAUAUCGAGGUUGCUUGUUAUGGUUAUGAAGGUAUCGAUGCUGUUAAAACUGCUCUGAGAGCAGGGCUGUCAUUGUCAACGGAAGAAUUGCCGAUUAAAAUUAAUUUAAUUGCUCCGCCAUUAUAUGUCAUGACUACCUCAACACCGGAAAAACAAGAAGGAGUUAAAGCUUUAAGCGAUGCUAUUGUUAAAAUAGAAGAAACUAUCAAAUCAUUAGGUGGAGUCUUUCACGUACAAAUGCCGCCUAAAGUUGUCACGGCUUUGGAUGAAGCUGAAUUAAUGCGUCAAAUGGAAAGAGCUGCUGCUGAAAAUGAAGAAGUCGCCGGAGAUGACGACGAUGAAGAUGAUGAGGGACAAGUUUAUUUGGAAGAAGAAAAUGAUAAAAUGUACGACAAGGAAAAUGGUCAUAAAGACUCUGAUGACGAAGACAAUAUGGAAAAAGAAAAUGAUGCCAAGUAA